AUGUCAGACGACCCAUUGUUGGCGGCCCUUGAGGCGGAUUCUGCGGUGCCGGUUGCCCAGGAGGACAUUGAAAGGACGCGGGCGGUUGAAGAAUACACGCGCAAGCUGAGGGAUCAUCGAGAAUGGGAGGCCAAGCUGAAGACGUUGCGGCAGUCGAUCACAAAACUGCAAAAGGACUUUGACAAGACCGAAGAGGAUAUCAAGGCACUACAAUCGGUUGGUCAGAUCAUUGGAGAGGUUCUUAAGCAGCUGGAUAAAGAGCGAUUCAUUGUCAAAGCCAGCAAUGGUCCCCGGUAUAUUGUGGGCUUCCGCAAUUCCAUCAAGCCUGAGGAUCUCAAGCAGGGCGUCCGGGUGGCGCUAGAUAUCACCACGCUCACCAUUAUGCGCAUCCUGCCGCGCGAAGUCGAUCCGCUGGUGUAUAAUAUGACGACCUUGGAUCCUGGUGAUCAGUCGUUUGCAAGCAUUGGAGGUCUCAGCGAGCAGAUCCGCGAGCUUCGUGAGGUCAUCGAGCUACCUCUGAAAAAUCCCGAGCUGUUCUUGCGCGUCGGUAUUAAGCCACCCAAGGGUGUCUUGCUUUACGGCCCGCCUGGUACGGGCAAAACGCUACUUGCCAAGGCAGUGGCGGCCCAGAUUGGCGCCAACUUCAUUUUCUCCCCUGCGUCGGCAAUUGUUGAUAAAUACAUUGGUGAAUCAGCGCGAAUGAUUCGUGAGAUGUUCAGCUACGCGAAAGAACACGAGCCCUGUAUUAUUUUCAUGGAUGAGGUCGACGCCAUUGGUGGCCGUCGCUUUUCCGAAGGUACUUCAGCCGAUCGAGAGAUCCAGCGCACAUUGAUGGAGCUGCUCAACCAAAUGGAUGGCUUUGACUACUUGGGCCGAACCAAGGUUAUUAUGGCCACCAACCGACCCGACACACUCGACCCUGCUCUGUUGCGGCCGGGUCGCUUGGACCGCAAGAUCGAGAUUGCCCUUCCGAACGAGGUGGGCCGGUUGUCUAUUUUCAAGAUUCACUCAGAAAACGUCACAAAAUCGGGCGACUUCGAUUUUGAGGCUCUCGUCAAAAUGUCCGACGGCUUCAACGGUGCUGAUAUCAGAAACGUAGUGACCGAGGCAGGCUUUGUCGCCAUCCGAGACGACCGCGACUACAUCACUCAGGCCGACAUGAUGAAGGCAGUGCGAAAAGUCGGCGAGUCCAAGAAGCUAGAGGGCCGCUUAGAGUACGAAAAACUGUAG